AUGGACUCAAAAAUUAUUCCACUUCAAAAUAUUGAUGAAUUCAAGACAUCCAUUCUCAUUGAAGAAAGAGUGGCCAUCUUAAUAUUUACAGCAGAAUGGUGUCAACCAAGUCUGAACCUAGUAACCUAAAUGAAAAAAGAAUUGGAUUAAUAACGAAAAAGACUGAGCCAAUAAACAGGUGCCAUCAACAUCUUUGUUGUAGAUCAUGAAAAAGAGGGAUGCUAUCAAAUAGUCAAAUAAUUUGCUCCAACUACAUUACCAUAUGUAUACUUAUUUGAGAAAGGGAAAUAUAUUGCCUAAUUCGGAGGUCUAGAUGUUUUUGCAAUGAAUAAAUUAAUUAAGAAAGCUUUGGAAUCAUCUAGAGCAUUAUGAAUAAAUAAUAUUGCAUUUUAUAUUGGUCAUUCAUUUAAGUGUAUAAUUUUAUAUUCACUC